AUGCAAGCCCGAAUUAUUUGUUUUUUUCUGGAAACAGGAUUGUUGAUUCUUUUCUUUUGGUGCUUUUCAGCGAGGAAAAUGGACAGCAGUUUCAAUAAAGAUAUGGAUAUAGAGAUAAAAAAGAAAAUAUCUGUUCACUGGUUCCGCCAUGGUCAGCGUAUCCAUGACAACCCAGCUCUUGUUGAUGCUGUGAAAGACUGUGAUGAGUUUUAUCCAAUCUUCAUUUUUGAUGGCAAGGUUGCUGGAACGGAACUUUGUGGUUACAAUCGGUGGCGAUUCUUGCUUGAGAAUUUGAAAGAUUUGGAUGAGUCCUUUUCCAAGUUUGGUGGCAGGCUGUACUGUUUCCAUGGACAACCUAUGGAUAUUUUCCAGAAACUGUUUAAAGAAUGGAAUGUUAACUACAUUACUGCUGAAGAAGAUCCGGAGCCAAUAUGGCAGGACCGAGACAAUAGCAUUAAGAAGCUGUGUGAGAAAUCUGGAGUAACUUGUAAGUUCUUUACAUCACACACACUAUACUCGCCCCAGGACAUAAUUGCCAAAAAUGGUGGUACCCCACCUCUGACUCUGGAACUGUUUCAGUUGGUUAUAACAUCACUUGGCCCACCAUUGCGCCCCCUACCACAACCUGAUUUACAAGAUGUUAAUAUGCCAGUGCCUAAGAAUUUUAAAAAAUUUGCAUUGCCCACUUUAGAAUUCUUUGGAAUUGAACCAGAAUUUGAAGAACAAAAGAAACCACUGAAUGUUUUUGUUGGGGGUGAAACGAGAGCUUUAAACUUAUUGAAGGCUCGACUUGAAAAGGAAAAAGCUUCCUUUGAGCAAGAUUCAUGCCAGCCAAAUCAUCAGGAACAGCCAGAACUGAUGGCAAAGGCUGUCAGUUUGAGUCCUUAUUUACGCUUUGGUUGUGUCUCUAUCCGUAGAACUUACUGGGGAAUUUGUGACAUGUACACGAAGGUUCACAAUAAAGAGCCUCCAAGUGAGGUUGUCUGCCAGCUUUAUUGGCGAGAGUACUUCUAUAUCAUGUCUGUUGGAAACCUCAACUAUGACAAAAUAGAGAAUAACCCAAUCUGUCUAAAAAUCAAUUGGCAAAAGAAUGAUGAGCACUUAAGGAAAUGGGAGCUUGGACAAACUGGUUAUCCAUGGAUCGAUGCCAUCAUGAACCAGCUCCGAUUUGAAGGCUGGAAUCAUCAUGUUGGGCGUCAUGCUGUCUCUUGUUUCCUAACCCGUGGUGAUCUCUGGAUCAGCUGGGAGGAUGGUCUGAAAGUAUUUCUUAAAUAUCAGCUGGAUGCUGAUUGGUCUGUUUGUGCUGGCAACUGGAUGUGGGUGUCAAGUUCUGCUUUUGAAAAAGCAUUACAGUGCCCUACAUGUUAUUCCCCAGUCAUGUAUGGUAUGCGGAUGGACAGAAAUGGCGAGUUUGUACGUACGUAUGUCCCUGUCCUUAAAGAUAUGCCACUGAAGUAUUUGUUUUGCCCAUGGAAAGCUCCUUUGGAAGUCCAGAAGGCAGCCAAUUGCAUCAUUGGCAAAGAUUAUCCUGAACCCAUCUGUUCUCACCGAGAUAUGUCCAGAGUGAAUAUGUCGAAAAUGUAUAGGGUCAAGGAGAAGCUCCUUAAAGCUGAUAUCCCACAUUGUGCUCCAACUGGUGAAAUGGAAGUGUGGAAGUUUGCUUGGCUCCCACCCAUUGAGCAUCAUGAUCUGGCUCACAAUUUGUAG